UAAAGUGACAGAGAGGCAGAGAAAGUGCUCCUUUCACCCUUUCUCUAGGUGAGAUCGCUUCCUCUCCAGCUCCCAGCAGUCCUUUCAGAAGAGCAGGGGUCCUUCUUGGGUUCUUGGGAGUCAUCAUGCUCUGGUCCUCAGUCUCAAAGAGCUUCCUUGCUGUCUGUGUUAUCACCGAGUUUGCUGCGAUCUUUGUGGACAGUUUCACUUGCGCAAAGUCUAACUGCACAAAUGGACUCUGUCAGAACUUCAGUGCAUGUGAAACUUCGAAAAGCUGCUUCAGCCAAACACAGGAACUUAAAGUGCCACAGCCAUCCACAAGCCUAAUUGUCCACCAGAAAGGCUGUUCUCUAGAUGAAUGUACUGGACUGGCAUUCUCGGCGACAUUGGGGGACCAACAGACAUUUAGAUAUGACCAGCAAUGCUGUAGUAGUAAUAUGUGUAACCAAUUGGACACGCAACCAUCUCAGGUGCCUGCAAAAGCCAAUGGUGUCCAGUGUCUUGCCUGGUAUAUGGAGGCAGGCAUGCCACAUAUUCCAACUCUCCUAAAGUGCACAGGGAGCGAGACGAAGUGCGUUUCAUUUAUGGGCACAGCUGUUGGGAGCAGUAGUCCCCUUUCGUUAGUGGUGAUUGGAAUGGGCUGUGCGACAGAAAGUGCCUGCAACCUGAAUAUGACCGUCUUUGACAACAUAAAUAUCCGUACCUUCUGCUCCGGUGGGUUACCUGUAUUUUCAACCACCUCGUCAUUGCCGAAUAGGACGGGCCUUCGACCUGCAUUCAUCUCAACAGUACCAGUUCUCAUUAGUCUCCUCUUGCUGAAAGUCUUGCUUUGAUCUUCCAGGCUCAGGCCAUCUCACAGUCACACACACACACACACACACACACACACACACACACACACACACACACACACACACACUUGGAGGGCUUCCUUUAGUGAGAAUUCAAUGUUGGUGAGUGCUUGAUGUUUUUGUACUUCAGCAUUAAAAAACUCCAAUCCAUUUUGAGUUUUACUUAAUUU